AUGUCAUGCCUAUUGACGCAUAGUACUGCUGCUGGAGAAGAUCAAUAUGAAUGGACCGAUGAGUUUCGAAAGAAAUUUCCAUUGACAACUUACGAAGACUAUCGCGCCUAUAUGGAUCGAAUGGUUAACGAAGGAGAAAAAAAUCUGCUCUCGGGUGAAAAUGUUGUUUAUUUUUCUUUAAGUUCUGGAACUACAGAUAAAAUGAAAACAUUUCCACUGACUUCAACAACUAUGAGAAAAGUUAGCGAGUCAAUGCAAUUAGGUCAUCAUAUUGUUCGGAGAUCAUUUCCGCCUACAUCAUUUUCACCUCCUAAACAACGAUCAUUCGUCUUGCUAAGUAGUAAGAAAUCUGAUUCAUUUGAAAGAUCGAAGCAUGGCAUACCAAUCGGUCCCAUCAGUCAAUUUAUGUCGGCUGUUCCUUCUUUUUCUCAAAACUAUCCAUUGGUACCUACGGAUAAUACUCUUGGAUUGGAUACUAUUGAAGAAAUUACUGAUUUUGAGACAAGUGUAUUCAUUCAACUUGUUUUCGCUCUGGCAAAUCGCAAUACUUACUCAUAUUCUGUUACUUUUGCUUCAGGAUUCAUUCACACUGUUAAACUUAUUGAAAAUUACUAUGAAGAAAUCAGUGAUUGUAUUGCAACUAACAGUUUUGAACAUAGUUCAUUCGUUCAAAAGAAUGUUUCUGAUUUGAACCUCGUAUUGAUCUUGAAUAAAAAGUUGAAUGAAGUAAUUGUCGAGCAUGGCGACGAAACAUAUCGAAAGGAGCGAGCUGCACAUAUUCGAAAUGAAUGUUCGAAAAAGAAUGAUCCAGGUAUUCUACAUCGUCUUUGGCCAACUAUGGUGUAUGCUUGUACGGCAGUAGGAAGUACAUUUGCUAUUUACAAAGAUAAGGUCCAAUUUUAUUGUGGAGAGCGAGUGCGUCUUAUGAAUCUAAUAAUGUAUGGUGCAAGCGAAGGAUAUUUUGGUUCUCUCGCAAGUGUUCACACUGACGAGUAUUUCUUAUUGCCAACACAUGCGUUCUUCGAAUUUAUCAAAGAAGAAGAUAUUGAACAAGAUCAGCCCAAAACUCUUCUAGUCUCAGAAAUCGAACCAGGAAAUCAAUAUGAAUUAGUUUGUACAACCGACGCUGGGUUAGUUCGAUACAGAAUGGGAGACGUGGCCAACUGUACGAGAUUACUUUGUCGUGCCGAUAAUUUGGUUCCAUUACCAAAAGAGCCCGUUGAGAUUCCACGAAUUCCUCUCGUUUCACACGCAUAUCGUUCUGGAACAUUUUUGUCGAUAUAUGGUGAACGAACAAAUGAACAACAUGUGAUGAAUGCUCUUCAGCUGACUAUUCAUCAAUGGAGAGAACAAGGAAUACCAGUCAAAUUUUAUGAUUUUACAUCACAUCCAAAUUUAAAUGUAUCUCCUGUUAAAUACGUUAUCUUUCUGGAAUUGAUUACGGAUCAAGAAUGCAUCAUUGAUUCAGAGCAAAUUCAACUUAAGAAUACUGCCAAUGAAAAAGUCGAGCAACAACUUUGCAAAGCAAACCAAAACUAUCUAGAUAGUCGUCGUAAAGCAAUGCUUGGUCCGCUUGAUUGUAUUCUUGUUCGAAUUGGAACAUUCACGAGAUUUUUGGACGAAUUCUUGCGGAUGGAUCGCGUGAGUCCUUUACAAGUCAAACCUCAUCGAAUGUUAAAAACUGAAGGUCACCUUCAAUUCUUUUGUGACAAUAGAAUUGAAAAGUCACUCUUAUAA